UACAUUCUGCACGAACCCCUUCAGGUUCAGGAGCUGUAGUACAUGCUACCUGCUUACUACGCUACGAGCCUACGCUACGACUACUAUAUAUCUCCAAAAACACCUUAUCCUCUCUCUACCUCUAACCUCUCCGCUGCCUCGCUAUCUCCUCCUUCCAAGCUAACAACUCUGCUUCUCUACAAUGCCAAGGGCACCUUAGCCUUGUUUUUUCAGAGCUUUGACUGGUGGCGAUAAGGUUUCAGUGCAGUGCUUGGUUAGCUUGGAGCAGACAUGGCGCCCAAGGCAGGGAAGGCCAGGCCGCACAAGGCCAAGGGGGACAAGAAGAAGAAGGAAGAGAAAGUGUUGCCCACCGUGCUGGACGUCACCGUUGAGACGCCGGACUACACGAAGCUCACGCUCAAGGGCAUAUCGACGGACAGGAUCCUCGACAUCCGGAAGCUCCUGGCCGUCCACGUGGACACCUGCCACCUCACCAGCUACUCGUUGUCACACGAGGUCCGUGGGGCCCAGCUCAAGGACACGGUGGAGGUCGCCUCCCUCAAGCCCUGCCACCUCACCAUAGUCCAAGAGGACUACACGGAGGAGCUCGCCGUCGCGCACGUGCGGCGGCUGCUCGACAUCGUCGCCUGCACCACCGCGUUCGGGGUGAGGAAGCCCGAGCAGAAGCCCGCGUCCCCCGAUGCGGCCGCGCCCGAGGCCGACAAAGCCGCCAAGUCCGGGUCGCCCGGUAAGCAGGCGCCCGGCGGAGGAGGAGGAGAGGAACCAAUGUACCCGCCGCCGAAGCUGGGGCAGUUCUACGACUUCUUCACGUUCUCGCACCUCUCGCCGCCUCUGCAUUACAUUAGGAGGUCGACGCGCCCAUUCGUUGAUGACAAGAAAGAGGACGACUUCUUCCAGAUCGAUCUGAGGGUUUGUAAUGGGAAACCGGUGACGAUUGUGGCAUCCCAAGCAGGAUUCUAUCCAGCAGGGAAGUGUGCACUCAUCAGUCGCUCCCUUGUCGGGCUGCUGCAGCAGACGAGCCGUGCGUUUGAUGGAGCUUACAAGGCUCUGAUGAAGGCAUUUGUCGAGCACAACAAGUUUGGAAAUCUUCCUUAUGGAUUCCGAUCAAACACCUGGGUGGUUCCCCCUGUUGUUGCCGAUUCACCCUCAGUGUUCCCACCUCUUCCAACAGAAGAUGAAUCUUGGGGUGGCAAUGGUGGUGGUCAAGGAAGGGAUGGAAAUCAUGACCAUAGACCAUGGGCAAAAGAAUUCACAAUCCUUGCUGCCAUGCCUUGCAAAACAGCUGAGGAGAGGCAAGUCCGAGACAGGAAGGCUUUCCUGCUCCAUAGUUUAUUUGUAGAUGUUGCAGUCUUCAAAGCUGUUGCAGCCAUUCAGCAAUUGGUUUCCAACCAUAAGAGUUCACAUGAAACGGCAAAUAGCACCACAAGUCCAGAUUUGCACACAGAGCAAGUUGGUGAUAUGAAAAUAAUGGUCACAAAGGACAAAGCAGAUGCAAGUUCCAAGUUAGAUGUUAAGUUGGAUGGAAGUCAGGCUCGAGGGAUGUCUUCUGAUGAGCUUGCUCAGAGAAACUUGUUAAAAGGCAUCACUGCUGACGAGAGUGCAACAGUACAUGAUACUGCUACUAUUGGUGUUGUUGUUGUAAAACAUUGUGGAUAUACAGCUGUUGUCCAAGUUCCAGUAGAUACUCAACUGGCAACUGCUUCUCUAGCACAGCAGAACAUUCACAUUGAAGACCAGCCUGAAGGAGGUAGCGAUGCUCUCAAUGUCAAUAGCUUAAGGAUGCUGCUUCACAAAUCAUGUGUGCAAUCAUCUGGAGGAGUUCUGCGGUUGCAGAGUUAUGAUCCUCAAGAGAAUGAGAUUACUAGAAGUUUUGUCAGGAAGAUACUUACAGAUAGCCUGCAGAAGCUUGAAAGUGAGGCUCCAAUGGUAACAAGACCAAUCAGAUGGGAACUUGGUGCUUGCUGGGUACAGCAUCUACAGAACCAGGCUUCUGAGAAGACUGAAACUAAGAAAAGUGAGGAGAUUAAGGAAGAUCCAACAGUAAAGGGCCUGGGAAAACAAUUUGGCCAGCUAAAGGAGAUCAAGAAGAAGACAGACGACAAGAGUGGAAAAAGUGCAUAUUCAAAAGAAAACACUUCACCUAAUACUAAUGAUGCACAUUCAGACGGCACUGCCAGUGGAAAGGAAAAUAGGGAGGCUAUUCUGCAGAAAUUGCUUCCAGAAGAUGCUUUCCAAAGGCUAAGAGAAUCUGAAACUGGACUUCAUGCUAAGUCACUGGACGAAUUGAUUGAGAUGGCACUCAAAUAUUAUGAUGAUACUGCCCUGCCGAAAUUGGUUGCAGACUUUGGUUCGCUUGAGCUUUCCCCUGUUGAUGGAAGGACAUUGACUGAUUUUAUGCACACUAGGGGCCUUCAGAUGCGCUCACUGGGUCGAGUGGUUGAACUUUCUGAUAAGCUCCCACAUAUACAGUCCCUGUGUAUACAUGAGAUGGUAGUUCGAGCAUUUAAGCACAUAGUUCGGGCUGUUAUUGCAGCUGUUGAUGAUAUAAACGACAUGGCUGACUUGGUUGCAUCAUCUUUAAAUAUCCUGCUGGGACCAUUUCCAGAAGAAAAUAAUGAUGGCAAGUGCAGUGAGGAUCAUAAUCUCAGGAAAAGGUGGUUGGAGGUCUUUCUAACAAAGAGAUUUGGCUGGACAUGGAAAGACAAAUAUGGCCUUGAUCUAAGAAAAUAUGCCAUUCUCCGUGGUCUCUGCCAUAAAGUAGGACUUGAGCUAGUAACCAAAGAUUAUGACAUGGAUAUGCCACAUCCAUUCAGAAAGUCGGAUAUUAUCAGUGUUAUUCCUAUCUACAAGCAUGCUGCAUGCUCAUCAGCUGAUGGUCGCACCCUGUUGGAGUCAUCCAAGACUUUCCUGGAUAAAGGAAAACUUGAGGAUGCUGUUAAUUAUGGCACAAAGGCUCUUGCAAAACUUGUUGCUGUUUGUGGUCCUUAUCACCGAAUGACAGCAGGAGCAUACAGCCUUCUGGCAGUAGUGCUUUAUCAUACUGGCGACUUCAACCAGGCAACCAUCUAUCAAGAGAAGGCUUUGGAUAUUAAUGAGAGGGAACUUGGACUUGACCACCCAGAUACAAUGAAAAGCUAUGGAGAUCUUGCCGUUUUCUACUAUCGCCUGCAACAUACAGAACUGGCACUAAAGUAUGUGAAUCGUGCCCUAUAUCUUUUGCACCUUACCUGUGGCCCUUCUCAUCCUAACACUGCUGCAACUUACAUCAAUGUCGCAAUGAUGGAAGAAGGGUUGGGUAACGUUCAUGUUGCACUCCGUUACCUGCAUGAAGCUCUAAAAUGCAACCAGCGGUUGCUUGGUGCUGAUCACAUACAGACUGCUGCUAGUUAUCAUGCUAUUGCUAUUGCUUUGUCUUUAAUGGAAGCAUACUCUUUGAGUGUCCAACAUGAAAAAACUACUCUACGAAUACUUCAAGCAAAGCUUGGAUCAGAGGAUCUUCGGACACAGGAUGCUGUUGCUUGGCUGGAAUACUUCGAGUCCAAGGCACUAGAGCAGCAGGAAGCAGCACGUAAUGGUACUCCAAAGCCUGAUGCUUCAAUAGCAAGCAGAGGCCAUCUGAGGGUAUCAGAUCUCCUGGAUUACAUCAAUCCAGAUGAUGAGCUCAAGGCUAAGGAAAUGCAAAAGAAACAAGCCCGUGCUAAGAUCAAAGGCCGCACUGGGCAAAACCCAUCUGAAAUAGUCAAUGAUGAAGAACAAAGGAGCCCUUCACCUAAUGAUCAUUUGGUAACUGAGAAGGAAAACUCUGGAGUCAAAGAGAAUGGAACCUUUGUUGAGUAUGUUAAAUUGAAAGAUGAAAUACCAAGUGACACUGCAAUCCACAUACCUCAUGAUGAUUUUACUGAAGAGUACACAUCUGAUGAGGGGUGGCAAGAGGCUGUUCCAAAGGGACGAUCCACAAGCAACCGUAAAACUGGUCCAGGCACUAGGAGGCCAAAUCUGGCAAAGAUCAAUACCAAUGCACUUCACAGUGAGAAUGGAAGGUACAAAGGAAGAGGUCCAUCUAACUUCGCUUCCCCUCGAGUUUCACCUAAUGAGACUGCAGCUGUUGUCGCUUCUAGUCCUCUUGCAAAGAAAUUGGCGAAGAGUUCAAGCUUCAAUUCCAAAGCAGGUAGCCCUGCUGUCUCAUCAAACAGUGGUGACAAUUCGUCCAAUCCCAACUCCAAGCCAGCAAGCCCUACCAUCACCGCAGCUGCUGCCAAGGUGAUACCAUCCACAGCACCGACUGCCAGUCAAACAGUAAGGAAGUCACUUUCAUACAAGGAAGUGGCGAUAGCUGCUCCAGGAACUCUUGUAAAAGCAUUGAAUGAUGUACAUACAGAGGACAAAGAUACAAGUAACCAAGGUGCAAAUCUUGAAAGUGCUAAGCCGCCAAAAGAAAGCAAUGGUCACCCUUCUGAAGAGAAAGAUGGAGCCAUAGACGUGUCACCAAAGGGUAAUACUUCACAAGUAUCAAAGGCAACAGAUGGAGGCAAAUCUGACCAAACUGAUGUUUUGGUAGGUUCGAAUCAAUCAGGAACAGAACCUAAGAUCUCAGAUCCAGCAGAGACAUCUAUAGCGAAGAAGAACACAGAUCUUGAGGACUCAGAUAUAUCAUCUGAAUUAUUAGCUACGCAAACUGAGGCUAUAACUGAGGGAAGUGAUUCUUCCUCCAAUGAUGAUGAAAUAGAUCUAGGAGAGGAUACACCAGACCAGCUGUUCAGUGGAGGUGAAAAUGAGAAUUCUUCACCAUCUGAGAGUGAAAAAAACGAUACACCUUCAGAAGGUGCCAAAGAGACAACCAGUAAGCUUUCCGCUGCCGCUGCUCCAUUCAAUCCAUCCACUGUACCAGCUUUUGGUUCAAUGGCUGUACCAGGUUUCAGAGAGCAUGGAGGACUAUUGCCAUCACCAGCCAAUGUACCCCCUAUGCUGUCCAUCCCUCUCCGUAAGCACCCUCACCAAUCUGCAACUGCAAGGGUCCCUUACGGUCCACGUCUGGCUGGAGGCUACAACAGAUCAGGGCACCGGGGACCUCGUAACAAGCCUGUGCUGCCAAGUGGUGAAGCCCCUACAGAAACAAACACAUCUGCCCCCAGAGUUAUGAACCCUGAUGCUCCGGAGUUUGUGCCAGGUCAAUCUCAGAGUCCUAAUGGACAUCCAGGAUAUCCAGAUGGUCCUUUAACGUCACCAGGUGGUAUUCCAUCUUCACCACAUGGCCUUCCAUCUUCUCCAGAUAGUACUGUAGAAACACCGAUAACUGCGUCCCCACAAGUUUCUGAAUGUAGCCAGACCAGUCCUGAAGGAAAUGAUGCAUCUAGUGGAAUCAAUGUUGAGGCUGGGGGUGAAAAGCAGAACAUGGACGACAAGAACCAAACAGAAAGUAAAGAUGGUGAAAUGGAGCCUGAGCAAACCAUGGCUUCUGAAGUUGUAGAAGAAGCAGAAGGAGCAUAAGAUGCUACCAAUGAGUCAAAUGCAACUGAGCAGCCCAAAUCCUGGGCGGACUACAGUGAUGGAGAGGUUGAGGCUGUAGAGGUUGCAAGCUGAGGAAAAGAUUCUCAGAUAGUCAGCAAAAGUCUGAAAUUUGUAUUUUUUUAAACAGAUGAGCCUUUCUUCUGCACAGAUACAAUAAAGCAUACUAAUGUGAACCGAGAUGCUGCCUUUUUUGAUAGACUUAAUUGCUUUUCUGAUCCAUUUCGUGGUGUGUAGUAUCUCCAGCAUGCUUCUGCAGUUCUCCUGUGUGGCAUUCCAAGGUCGUUGGAACGUUGAAGAUUUUGCAGAAUGUCCAUCAUUGUGCCCUUGUUUCAGCCUGCCUUUUCAUUGCGAGGAAUUUUGAGAAGAAGACCACUGCAAAGUACCAACAAGAGAUACGUUGUUAACAUUUCAUCAUUCCCCAUCGUGCACGUAAUUUUGUUCCCUUUGUGAAUGUACUGUCGACUUAACGUCUUUGAAGGUUUUUUUUCUCUUUGAUAAAUUAGACUUGUUGAACCAUGUAAAAUGUAAAGAAAGUGAUGUUAUCCUUUCUCUUGCGAACGUGGUUAAUCCGAGAUGUAUAUCAUCCAGAUCGAAUUAAGAAAGCUUUCUAUUGAAUUUCCA